CUUCUCUCUAUACCAAUUUAUCCAUUUUUUUACUCUUUCUGAAUCUGUUACAAUCUCAAACAAUGGAAGGAGAAGCUGUAGCCGCCAUCAUUCAAGUUUUAGUUCAAAACCUCAUCGACCAUUCCAAGAAAGAGAUCUCACUAAUCCGUGGUCUCGACAAAGAAGCAGCAAAGCUAGCUGGAAGUUUAGAUACGAUCCAGCAAUUGUUGAACGAUGCUGAGAGCCGUACCAUUCCCGGUGGGGCGGUCAAAAGCUGGCUGAGGAAGCUCGAAGAUGUGGCCUUCGAUGCUGACAACGUUUUGGAUGAGCUCAACUAUCAUCUUCUCUCCAAACGAAUCAACUCCAUCAAGCCCAUGAAAGAAAAGGUACUCUCAUGCUUCUCAUCUUUGAGUCAUAUUGCCAAUCCCAGAAAUAUAGCUCUUAAAAUCCAAGAAAUCAAUGAGAAUUUGGAGUAUGUUCGAAAAGAGGGAGCCGAUCUUGGCCUCAAAGAGAGGCUUGCCACCAAUGUGCCAACUUUGCCUACUUUUGAAACCGAUUCCUUCUCACAUGAUCCAAUUUUCAUUGGGAGAGAUGAGUUGGUGUCGGAAAUAGUGGAGGUUAUUAACACUGGUACUACCACCGAUGAACGUCUAAUUUCUAUCUUUGCCAUUGUGGGAAUGGGAGGAUUGGGGAAGACAACUUUGACUAGGAAUGUCUUCCAUCAUCCAAGGAUAAAAACUCUCUUUGGAUCACAUCUUUGGGUGCAUGUUUCUCAAAUUUUUGAUCCAAUAAUUCUUUUCAAGAAAAUCCUCAAGGAGUUGACUUCUUCUGAUCAUGAUGAAACUGAGAUUAGCCAAGAUAUUCUCGAAAACACUUCUUCUGAUCAAGUUGAAGAUCAGAGUAGGAAGGAUUUUCUUAAAAAGGUUUCGUUUGGUCAGGUUGAUGAUGGGAGUAGGCAAGAUUUUGUGAAAAAGAAUUCACAUGAUCAAGUUGAGGUUGAGAGUAGGCAGGAUAUUCUGAAAAGGCUUCAAAAGGCUUUAAAAGAUAAAACAUAUCUUAUCAUUCUUGAUGAUGUUUGGAAUGAACAUCGUCCCAAAUGGGAUAAUUUUUUCAAUUCUUUAGUUGGCGUUACUUCUUUGAAGGGAAAUGCGAUUGUUGUUACCACCAGAGUUAUGGAAGUCGUUUCAACUAUGCAAUCACUUCAUACACAUGAGCUCCAAGGGUUAUCACAUGAAGAUUGUUGGUCAAUAAUCAAAGCAAAAACGUUUGGAAAAGAGAAUGAUAUUCCAUUAGAGUUUGAGGACAUAGGGAGGAAGAUUGCAACAAGAUGUCAGGGUUUGCCAUUAGCUGCUAAUGUAGUCGGUGGAGCGCUAUACAAUAAAUCUGAAGAAGAAUGGCUCUCGAUUGAAGAGAAAUGGCUUUCACAUGAUGAAGGGGAUCAUAUCACUAAUAUAUUGAAGUUAAGCUUUGAUAAUUUGUCUCUACCAUCACUCAAGAAGUGUUUUGCAUGUUGUUCGAUUUUUCCUAAAGGUCGCAACAUUAAAAGUCAAGAACUGAUUGAGUAUUGGAUGGCAGAAGGAUUUCUUGAAGCUAAUGGAAACAGCGAGAUGGAGUGCUUGGGCGACAAAUUUAUGAAAGUUCUUGUGCACAACUCUCUACUACAAGUUGCCGAAAGAGAUGAUUAUGGAAAUGUAGAGAGUUGUGUGAUGCACGAUCUUGUGCAUGAUCUCGCAUGUUCAAUUUCAGGUUCUUCUAAUAAUAGAGAAGGUGGGAGCCGAGUGAGAUACAUGGUUCAUGAUGAAGAAAGUAGAAUUCCAAAAGAAGUGGCAAAAUAUUUGCGGACAUUAUUGUUCGAGGGAGACAUUUAUCGUAACAAGUUUGCAGAUUUCGAGCAUCUACAUGUUUUAGUUCUUGCAGAUGAUUGGUGUGAUAAGUUGCCAAUUUCGAUAAGGAAGUUGAUACAUCUAAGGAAACUUGAUAUCUCGUUGACGUGUAUCAAAUACUUGCCGGACUGGAUCGGUGAACUCCAUCAGAUGCAAACAUUAAACGCAUGUACAAGAACAUUGAGGGAACUGCCUAGCACUCUGAAGUACUUGAUUAAUUUAAGGCAUCUUUAUAUCAAUUCAUUAACAAAGUUGCCUGCUGAGAUUGGGUGUUUAACUUCUCUCCAGACGCUAGAGUAUUUUAUUGUUUGCGACAAGAACGGAUGCAAAAUCGAAGAGCUAGGAAGUUUGAAUGGUCUCAAAGGAAAACUGGAAAUAUCUAACCUUGAAAAGGUUGAAAACAAGGAAGAGGCUGAGAAAGCAUGUCUAUCUAACAAGUCAAAAAUAUUGGAGUUGCGUUUGACAUGGAACAUGCGCAGAGAAGCUGAAGCUACAAAUGAUGAGAAUGUGUUGGAAGGCCUCCAACCUCACUCUAAUUUGAAGAAGUUGGAUAUUGAAGGAUUCAAGGGAAAAAGAUUUCCAUCCUGGACUCAAAAUAUGGUAAUUGAAAAUGUUUGUCAAGGUUGUUGGGUUCCACUUAACAAGUUGAUAGAGAUAAAACUCUCCGACUGCUCAGCUUGUGAAGAAAUCCCAAUGGUUGGGCAAUUGCCAAAUCUUAAGUCUCUCUAUUUAAGAGGAUUGACAAAUUUGAAGUCCAUAAAUUCUUCAUUCUAUGGAUUAGUGAAUGAGGAGACACAUAUUGUUUUUCUAGCUCUCGAAAGACUCGUAUUGCAUUACAUGCCUCAGCUGACAGAGUGGGCAGAAGUGGAAUAUGCAGGUGCAAGUGAUGUGAAGGUAUUUCCUAACCUCCAACACUUGGAGAUCUCUCAGUGCAAGCAAUUGAUGAGUUUUCCUAAUUAUUCGUGGUCAUGCCUCAAAAGUUUGAUAAUCAAGGGGAGUGGGAGCAUGCCUUUCACACACAUAUUCAAGACAGAAUUGAAGUUGCUAACAGAGCUUUGGAUAGAAGGAAUAGAUGAUCUGGAAUAUCUCCCAAAUUGGCUCUUCUAUAACAAUCCCAAUCUCUUGGAGUUAAAUAUAAGAAAGUGUUCCAAUUUGAGAGAAUUACCAGAUGGUCUAGGCACCCUCAGUUCUUUGGAGAAGUUGAUUAUAAGUGACUGUUCAAAUUUGGAACGAGUAGGAGUUACUGGUGUUCAACAAUCACAAGGAAGCCUCACAUGUCUUAAAAGGUUGGAGAUUUGUGAAUGCAAAGCUUUGUUGUACUUUCCAUUGGAAGUGGUAGGAUCUUUGCUUGAGGUAUUGAGGUUGGAGUAUUUAAGUAGCCUAAACAAUCUACCUGGAAUAAUUGAUUGUUUGCCAAAAUUUCCUCGUCUAACACAAUUAGAAAUUAUGGGUUUUUCUCAAUUUAUGGCCAGUUAUUCCAGUAGUAGGUUACAAAUAGAUGUUAGUAUGGAGGGAUCUAUGGAGACCGUUGAAGUCUUAUUACAAAGAUGCAACUCCGACUCACUUGAGGUAUUAGAAUUGAAAGGGAGGGAAGCUUGGGGAAGUUUGCCAGAAUCAAUACAACAUCUCACCUCUAUUGCAAUGUUAAAGAUAGAGAAUUCUGGAAUGGAAGAGUUGCCUGAAUGGUUUGGGAACCUCUCAUCUCUAUGCGGAUUGAAUAUAUUUAAUUGCAAGAAGUUAAGGAGCCUACAUGCAGUGCGGGGCCUCACAUCACUUCAAUGGUUAGCUAUUAGGGGCUGCCCAGAAAUAUGUGUUGAACAACAAAGUGAUGCAGCUGAUUAUUCCCAAUGGCCCAACAUUUCUCAUAUCAACAUCAUUCUGAAUGAUGGAGUAAUAGUAGGAAGAAGGAGAACACUUGUGAGUUUCAUGAAUGGCUGCCUCUAAAGUGUUCAUUUGAAUUGCUCAACCACUCUUCAUGUUUACUGGUAAGAAACCUCACAUUGCAAUUCUCUUUUCUUUCUUUGCUUUUUUGUUGAAGAGGAUGUGGAUACCAAUGUGUUUCACACAUUUCUGCUCAUUUUCAGUUGUGGGAAUAGCAUGAGUUAUCCAUUUCUCCAUUUAGCUGCAUUGCUCUGCUCCCAAAAUGCAGUGUUUUCCGUUAGCUGUUGAGACUGUAAAUUGCAAAUUAACAUGUUGUAUAACACAAAUUGGAUGUUCUAUUGUGCA